UCUUUCUUUCUCUCUCUCUCUCCCCUCUCUCUCUCCUACACAGACCCAAAACCCGACACUCUCUUUCCCACUUCGUCUCCUCCAACCUCUUCUAGGGUUUUCUCCUCCACCAUUUUCUAGGGUUUCCGACUCGUCCGCUCCUCUCAACCUCACACAGGAUGACCGGGUUGGGAAGGAUCGUUCGCCGAGGUGAUCCCUCUUGAGCUCGCACGCACUCGCCGUUUGCGAGGAAUCGUUCAUCCACCUUCAUCAUCCCUCUUUCUCACUGCUUUUUUUUGUUCGAUGAUGAGGUGAACAAGUAUGGAGGAGAAUAGUGAAGCGAAUUAUACUGCGGCUUCUGAGGUUGGUUGGUAUAUGCUUGGGGAGAAUCAAGAGCAUGUUGGUCCAUACGCAUUAUCUGAGUUGCAAGAGCAUUUCGUAAAUGGGUACCUUGAUGAGAACACGUUGCUCUGGUCGGAAGGGAGAAGUGGCUGGAUGUCACUAUCGUUAAUUCCUGAGCUAUAUAGAGGGAUUUCAGCUCAAACAGCUAAUCGUCCUAACGAAGAUGCGGAAGAAAACAACGAUGAAUUUAUGAAAUGGCGGAAGGAGGUGUCAGAGGCUGAGGUCGAGGCUGAGGCCCUGAAAGGUGGAAAUACUGAGGGUGAGGGAGGAGGGACAGAAGCGGGUCUCGAUGAUAGACCGGCGACCCCACCAGAUGGUGAGGAAGAAUUUACUGAUGAUGACGGAACUGUUUAUAAAUGGGAUCGUGGUGUCAGGGCAUGGGUUCCUCAAGAUAAUCCUUCAAGUAAAGGAGGUGAAUAUGGACUUGAAGAGAUGACUUUUGCACAUGAGGAGGAGAUAUUUCCAAUUUCGGAGGCUCCUCAUCCCUCUGUGCGAGUUCCUGAUCCCUCUGUGCCAGAGGAGAGCAAUGUUUCGAACGAAAAAGCUGAAACAGAAUUGGAGAAGAAGCGGAAAUCAUCUGAGAAGCCAACUGAAAAGAAGGAAGCUAAUAAACCGCCAGAUAGCUGGUUUGAUUUGAAGGUCAAUACUCAUGUUUAUGUGACUGGCUUGCCUGAUGAUGUUACUGUUGAAGAAGUAGUGGAAGUAUGCUCUAAGUGUGGAAUUAUAAAGGAGGAUCCUGAAACAAGGAAGCCUCGAGUGAAGAUAUACAUAGACAAAGAAACAGGUAGAAAGAAAGGGGAUGCACUUGUCACCUAUCUGAAGGAACCUUCCGUUGCUUUAGCAAUUCAAAUAUUGGAUGGCACUCCACUUCGUCCUGGUGGAAAGAUCCCCAUGUCUGUAAGCCAAGCUAAAUUUGAACAAAAAGGUGAGAAAUUUAUAGCGAAGAAGGCUGAUAAGCAUAAGAAAAAGAAAAUAAAGAGAGUUGAAGAUAAAAUUCUUGGAUGGGGUGGGCAUGAUGAUGCGAAGGUGUCUAUUCCGACCACAAUUGUUUUAAGGAACAUGUUCAUUCCUGCUGAAUUGAGGAGUGAUGAAAGUCUUCUUCCAGAGCUAGAGGCAGAUGUUAGAGAGGAAUGCAUGAAGCUGGGUCCGGUUGAAAAUGUAAAGGUUUGCGAGAAUCAUCCACAAGGUGUUGUGUUGGUGAAAUUUAAGGAUCGAAAAGAUGGUGCAAAAUGCAUCGAGUUGAUGAAUGGAAGAUGGUUUGCAGGGAGGCAAAUUCAUGCUAGUGAAGAUGAUGGUUCAGUUAACCACGCUCUUAUUCGUGAUUUCGACGAGGAGGCAGCAAGGCUCGAGCAAUUUGGUGCAGAACUUGAAGGCGACUGAUGCAAAAUCUUAUCCCACUGUAAUUUGGCAAUCUUUUAGAGCCAAGAGGAUAGCGCGAAGGAAAUGUCUCGUUUAAAUACCUCAAAUCAAAUUCUGACUCGAAACCAAACUGCGGAAGGUGAUGUCCGCAUGAAAAGAGCGAUGCAGCACAAAUGCGGUGACAAACGGAGAAAUCUUCGGCUCGUCAUGUUUCUCGACAAAACUUUGUUCUCAAAAUCAUCAGCUCUCACCUUGUCAACAUUAGGAAAUUUACAUCCUUCUUGCAGCAACUAAACUAAGUAUGGCUAACAUUGGACAGCGAGGGCUUAAUUAUGUACAGUUUGUUUGUAUUAUGUUCCUGGAUUGUUAAUCUAUUAAAUUUUGAUACUUCGAUCUUAAUUCGGAGAUGGCUCGAAACAGAUGCAUAUUUCAUAUCUUGUUCUUUUCUUCUUUUUGUUCAUGUGCUGAUUCUUAUUGAGGAGAUGGUGUACAAAUGAGGUCCUUUUUGAAAAUUUUGCACCUUCUUUCAAUGGUGGUUGGCACAUCA